CAUCAGGGGCAGAAAGAGGAGUGAAGGCAAAGUGAAGACCAGAGUUUGACAAGAGCAACAUCACUGAGCUUGGACCAUGAGGACGCUGCUGUUGCUGUAUCUGUGCGUGUACGUCGCCUGGGCGCAGGAUAAUCUGGACUAUGACGACUAUGACGACGCCACGGGCUUACCACGGAAUAAAACAGGAGCGUCGGUAGAUGCUCGUGGUCAUCGUCCACUACAGAGGGGCAGAGACAGCUACAACGCCAACCGCUAUUCCCCGCCGCCCGUCAGCGGCCGCGGCAGGUAUCGUGGCCGUCCCACCGCCGCUCCGACCGGACAACAGGUGCAGGAGAGGGAGGAGCAGCCGGAGGCCGGAGGAUGCACGCACGCCUCAGAUGAGAUGGGUGUUUUGUGUCCAACUGGCUGUGAGCUGAAGACCACACUGCAGAAGCAAGAGAGGAAUGUCAGGACGAUCGUUAAUGAACUCAAGCCUCAGGUGGACGAUUUGUCCAGAUCCUCCAACAACAUCUUCAACUACGUCAACAGCAUGUCCAGCUCUCUGAGGGAGAGGCAGAGAAUCAUCACCGACAACAGCAGGGUGGUGGGUCAGUACACUGACAGUGUGGAGGAACAACAUGCCUACAUCAAGGAGACGGUGGACACUGUCUUCCCUUCCAACAUCAGAGUCCUGCAGGGAGUCCUGGACAAGAUCAGGCUGAAAAUCCAGAAGCUGGAGAAGGCAAUCCAGGUCCAGAGGGAGGGGUGCACAGAGCCCUGCAAGACCAAAUGUCCCAUACCUGUGGUGUCUGGUAAGGAGUGUGAGGAUAUCUUCCGUCGUGGAGGAAAAGACUCCCAGAUGUACCUGAUCCAGCCUGACGCCUUCUACCCGCCAUACAAGGUCUUCUGUGAUCAGUCCAGCCAAAAUGGAGGAUGGCUUCUCAUCCAGAGCAGGCUUGAUGGCAGUGUUGACUUUGGCCGACGCUGGGACAAUUAUCGUCGUGGAUUCGGCAACAUCGCCUUUGAUGUUGGCAAGGGUCACUGUGAGACUCCCGGUGAAUACUGGCUAGGAAAUGACCGCAUUAGUCAGCUGACCAAGAUGGGCCCCACUGAAGUUCUGAUUGAGAUGGAGGACUGGACAGGAGCCAAGGUCCACGCCCAGUACCGCCAGUUCACUAUCCAAUCAGAGACAUCCAACUACGUGCUGGCGGUUGAUGGUUACUCCGGUACAGCUGGCAACUGUUUCCUGGACGGAUCCCUGCAGCUCUUUGGUGAAAACCGCACCAUGACCAUACACAAUGGCAUGAUGUUCAGCACCUAUGACAGAGACAACGACAACUGGCUCCCCGGUGAUCCCUCCAAACAGUGCUCCAAGGAGGACGGAGGUGGCUGGUGGUACAACCGCUGCCACUCGGCCAAUCCCAAUGGGAGAUAUUACAUCGGUGGAGCAUACACGCGCCAAAUGGCCAAGCACGGCACAGAUGAUGGCAUGGUCUGGAUGAACUGGAAGGGGAGCUGGUAUUCACUCAAGGCCAUCAGCAUGAAGAUCAGGCCUUACUUUGCCUCCAGAUAAACAAGAUGGAGAAUGUCAACACAUAACACACAGUGAACUGGCAAAAAAAGAAACACCAAAGUAAAUCCAACAAGAGUUGAAUCCAGGGCAACUGGACUUGGUUAUAGAUUUCCUCUCUUCCAAGAGGCGUCUUCAGCUCUGAAAGAACCAAACCAAAAAAACAAAAUGUCCCAAUAGGGCUUUGGGUUUAAUGAACCACCAGAACAUCAAAAACUUUGUAAUGUUGAACUCAUACUGAUGUGUUUCUUUAUUUUGGCUGUAGCCUGUUGGUUAGGGACAUGCACAUUUAACACGACUCAGUCUGGAUAGUGUGUGUGAAAGAAAUGAAGAUGAAGAAAAUCUACUUUAAAAAGUUACUUGCAGCAUUAAGCUCAUAAAAUUAAAAAAUAAAAGAAGAGAAGAAAAAAAAUUGUCAGAUAAACUCUGAUACGAUAACCUGAUGGGUUGUAAGUGAACGUGCUGUGAUCUGUCCUUUCUUGUUAUGUGUGACGUUUUCAGAGUGCACUACUAGGAUGAGUUGAUCCCAACUGUCCUCUGCUACUCAAUAAAUACACUGAGGAACAUA